AUGGACGCGUCCAAAAGAUUCAAAAUUGUACGCGUCCAGGCCGCGUCCAGAAAGGACCCUAUUAACAACUGUGAUGUGAAGAAGCGCGCGUGGGUUGAUGGAAUCUUCAAGUUAAAGUGUUCCGCCGAAUUGAUCAAAAGUUUGGACCCGAUAGGCAAAGGCCUCAUGACUUGGGCUGCAGAUGGAGAAGACAACACCUUGUCGGAAUUGAUCAAAAGUUUGGACCCGAUAGGCAAAGGCCUCAUCACUUGGGCUGCAGAUGGAGAAGACAACACCUUGUGGUCAAGACUUUGUAAUAAACCCAUUGGAAGGGUUUUUGACCAGGAAAUGGAGAAGGUACAUGGGCGUGGCAUAUAUGCCAGUGUUAUCAAGCAAUGCACCCAAACAAUCAAGACUGCCCAGGAAUUUUUUGACCUGGCAAGGAUAGAAGGAGUGACGCAUCCACAUUCUGUUGGUGGUGGAGCAUGUAUUCUUCAACAUCCACCAAAAUUGGAUCCAAAGGUGGAACGCACAAAGGCCGGAGCAUCAUCAAGUGAGGAAGAAAAUAGAAAGGUUCACUGGUCAAGCCUACGUGCUCUGGAAGUUGGCCAGAGAAGUCCAACAGUGAAAUAUGUGACGGAAAUGACUGUUUCAGAACUUGAUCCUGCCAGGCUGGAAAAAAUAAUACAGGAGAAGGCCAGGCCAAAAGAUGGGACAUUUUGUGCAGCUCUGAGUGAUUUACAGUACAGCAUGGGUGCACGUGAGGUUCCUGAAUACAAAAACAUUGUGGAGUGUGCGAUUGGGAAGGACUUUCCUGAAUGCGGAACCUUACCAAGGCAUAAGAUUUAUGCCUUUGAUGAAGUCUGGUUGGACCAUUACUGCCUCAAUGCGUGUGUGGCAGUUCAACAUCCUUACCAGUUCAUCAUCACAACACCAAGAGGACCACAUGCUGGAUUCAAUACUGGCCUCAAUCUGAAUGUGGCCAUUAACUUUGCUAUUCCACUGUGGGUGGACUACGGGCUAAGGGCAAAGUUCUGCAGUUGUGAGGGUGCUGAAGAAACAACGCACUACUGCAGUCCAACCAUUUAUCAAGAGUGGUUGUUUCAUGGAUUGAACAAGUUUCCGUCAAACAGACCCAACCUGGCAGCAACUGAAAUUCCACAACAUGUCCCACCUCCAACUCUAUCAAAGUUGAAGCUGACAAAGAUACCUAAAACCGAUGCUGAGUGGGAAUACGAAACCAGAGGUGAUGAAGUGCAGAAGAAGCUGCUCAUCUUACUGAUGAAAAGGAUUGCAUUAUUGGAGGGAAAAGUUGAUGAUCUCCUUGGACUUGGGAAGAAAAGUGCCAAAUCCGUCAAAAAGAUUUACAUCCUUCUAGUCGAAGACGAGGUUGAGAAGAGGUGUUCUUCAACUGGCACCUCAUCAGAUGUUCAAGAAGAAGAAAGUGACAGUGUAAUAGCCUUUAAAGGCGCAAUUAAGAAUGUGCGGAGUGAAAUGUGGAAGAAAGGUGACAUGAGUGUGUAUGUGUCUGCAACCUUUGAUGACAUCGUUGAUGAAGCAAAGGAUUGUUUGAAUAUCUGCUUCAAGGAAGGAAAUGAAGGAGCAUCCUGUGUUCUUGCACUCCAGAAAUUUGUUGUGAAGAACAUGGAGAAGUACUGUGGGCAUGCAGACAUUGAGGAUGAGGAGAACCAUGACAAAUCGGCACUUGCCCAGCUGCUGAAUAUGGACCACUGUGUGUCAACAGGAAUUCCCAAUGAUGAAGAAUAUGUAUUAUCAGAAGGCAACAUAGUAAUAGAAGGACAUGCUGACAAUGAGGAUGAAGAAGACCAUGACGGAGGGCUACUUGCCGGGCUGCAGAAUAUGGAACAACGUGUGUCAACAGGAAAUCAUGAGGAUGAACAUUACGUAUUAUUAGAAGGCGACAUAGUAGUAGAUGAUUCUUACUUCAAAAAAGAAGAUGAGGUUUACGCAGAGACUGAUGGGGCAAGUGCCGUGCAUUCAGAUUCAGCAUCCAUGAUAUCAUCCAAAGAUUUUCAUACAUCACGUGCAGAAGAAAAUCAUAAUGACGUCUACAAAUUGCUGAAACCAAUGGCUAGGCUUGCCCUGGUAGAUGAGAAUCAUUUCAUCUCUCAGCAAGUCCUGCCUUUCCUCCUCUCUCUGGAACAAAAUUGUGUCCAGCUGUCCAAGGAACAACAAAUGGCACUGGAUGAAAUGAAAAGAACCUUGAACAAUCACACUAUCAAAAAACCAUCAGAUGCCAGAAGACAAUUGGGACUUCAUGGAAGUGGAGUUGGGACCAUUUCCACGGACAGUGAUACCCAUGCUAGUAAGCAAAGAAAGAUUGCACACAUGCAUGGGAGCCUUCCUUCAGUGUUUGACUGCAGGAAGGACCUGGAUAAGCUGGAAAGCUUCAGCUAUAAAGAAGUUCUUGGAAAUACCAAAGUGCAACUUAUCUAUGUUGACAAUGGGUUGUCAAUCCGCCUCAACGACCACAACCUGUUUCUGGAAGCUGCUGACAAAGUGAUCUCGAUGACGCCUUCACCAUGGGGGAGGACAGAUAAGGAUGCAAAGAAGGUCAAGCAAGAUUACCACAACAUCUGCAGAAGGAUGUUCUGGCCGGGACAAACUUUCCAGACGAUAGUUAACCAGGUCAGACAAAACAUAUUUGGUGCAAACGUGACCCAGGGAAAAUCUCAGCUCCAUGAACAUCGGAGGGCCGCAAUGAUGAAAUAUCUAAGUAUCGUCUACGAGUUCAUCAGAAGAUCAAUCUCUACAAGGACAGGAGGAGAGCAUCAACCUCAAGAAAUGGACAAGGAGUUAACAUUUACAAUCAGUGAAGCCUUUCAACUUUGGUUGUCUCAUAUGAGAGAUAGGGGAAUUUGGGAUCUUGCUGCCUUCUUUCACCAAGUUGGCCUUCAAGAUACAACCAUCAGAAGUUUACCUGCUGAAAGUGGACCACAUGAAGUACCAACCAGCAAAGUUACAGAAGCAGCUAAUAAUGGUGCAGAUGAGGCUCUGACUCAAACACGUCCGUGGUACCAACUAGCAGCAGCCAUGUACAGCAUUGUGCUGCAAAACACUGGUCUUUCCUUCAAAUUCGACCCCACAGGCUUCCUCACUUGCGCCUACAAAAUAACCUACAACCAUGUGGGCCUGCAGGUGAACCCUUCAGACCUGCCUCUGCAACGCACUGGGUUGUUGGAGGUGGGCUUCAUCAUCAUGCAUGCAGGACACCGCAUGAGGAGAUCAUCAUCAUCCUGCUCUACGCAGUUGACACCAUUGUCCAUGGGUUCAGGGGGUGGAGGUACACGUAGUAUGGACAGCGGCAUGGUGCCGCAAGCUGGAGUGUCUGCUGGUUUGGGCAGAUCUGGCUGCCGGUCCACUUCAAGCGGUAUGAGGUUGGCAAUGGAUUGGCUGCGCAGAAUGUGGAGGGUUGAUGUCCCGUUGGCUUUGUACCGCCGGGAGACCAGCACAUCCACAGCUCAGAUUUUGCCAUCCCGCGGGCUUGCGCAGACCUCAACAAUUCGACAGAGCUUCCAUUUCAGGCAUGACAUCGGUGUGUCACCCUUGAAGGUUGCGACUUUGAGUAAUGCGACCUGA